GACUAUAACAAAAAUGAUUGCGUAAAUAAAUACACCCAGAUCAUAAGAGUAUAAGACUUGGUAAAUCCAUUGUGAUUUAUGACCCUACUUUUAAUGGCUCCGGUUUCUUCUCCAUGCAAAACUCCAACGCCCCAUUCAAAGACCGGAGAGAACAGCAGUGAUCCGUGAAACAAUUGAUUGAGUCUAUUUCACGUCAUCUUCUCUCCCUCGCCGCUUUCGAGUUCCAAAAAGGAGGUGACACAAGAUGGCGGAAGCAUUUGAGGUCAAACCGAUUGUCUUUGACAAUGGGUCUGCACUGACCAAGGCUGGGCUUGCGGGAGAUGAUGCUCCCAUCGAUGUUUUCCCUAGCAUUGUUGGGUGGCCCCGUCAUACGGGUGUCAUGAUAGGCCUUGGUCAAAAGGAUGUAUAUGUAGGAGAUGAAGCUUUUUCUAAGAGAGGUAUUUGUUGCCUGAGGUCACCAACUAAGCAUGGUAUUGUUACCAACUGGGAAGACAUGGAGAAAUUAUGGCACCAUACAUAUCAUGAUUCACUUGGUGUUGCUCCAGAAGGGCACCCGGUGCUCCUAACUGAAGCUUCUCUUAAUCCUAAGGCUAAUCGUGAAAAAAUGACAGAGAUCAUGUUUGAGACAUUUCGUGCCCCUUCCAUGUAUGUCGCUAAUCAGGCCGUUCUUUCCUUGUAUUUGAGUGGUCACACCACCGGUAUUGUUUUGGAAUCUGGUGAGGAGGUUACUCACGUUGUUCCGGUCUAUGAGGGCUAUGCUUUUCCACAUGCCAUCUUUCGUCUUGAUUUUGGUGGUUGUGACAUCACAUCUUAUUUGGCAAAUGCUAUCAUAGAGACAACCCACAUCAAUAAUUACCUUAAUUUGUUCAAAUAUCUUCAAACAGACAUAAAGGAAAAGCUUGCGUAUGUAGCACUUGACUAUGAGCAGGAAAUAGCAGCCUCAAAGACUAGCUCUGUGGCAGAAAAGGUCUAUGAGUUUCCUAAUGGGCGGGUGAUCACGUUGGGUUCAGAGCUCUUUCAUUGUACCGAGGCGCUUUUCCAGCCUUCGAUCAUUGGGAAGGAUGGUAUAGGAAUCCAUGAGGCCUUACACAAGUCUCUAAUGAAAUGUGAUGUUGAUCUUAGGAAGGAGCUUUAUGGAAACAUUGUACUCAGUGGUGGUAAUACCAUGUUCCCUGGCCUUGCUAAUAGACUGACCAAGGAAAUUACUGCAUUGGCCCCUAGUGGCACAAAAGUAAAGGUGGUGGCACCACCUGAGAGGAAGUAUAGUGCUUGGCUUGGAGGUUCCAUCGUAGCCUCUCUAUAUUCAUUCCAACAGAUGUGGAUUAACGAGGUAGACUACGAUGAAUACGGGCCUUCAAUUGUGCACAAAAAGUGCAUCUAAUUUUCUUCGAAAGAACAUCACUCCCCUUUACCUAUUUUGUUUCUUUACGUGACUAAAUAACAAUAUUGAAUAUUUGACGCUAUGUUA